AUGGAGAUCGUGAAGGUUCAAGACUUGAUCCUCACAAGACUGGAGAAGAAUCUUCUAGGAGGUCAUAGUGCGGAGGAGGUUCUAGGGACGUGGAGGUUGCAAGCCACUCUAGCGAGCGAGGAGGAGAUAUACACGAGGCCCGACAUUUCAAUCUAUGAUCGAUUGUCAAGAGAUGUAUUCUUUGGUGCUGGUUUCUCCGAGGAGUUCAUUGACAAAUUCUUCCGUCCUUUCCUCGGAGGAAUCUUUUUUGACACGAAGCUGAAGACCAGCGCUCGGGAGUUUGAAUUUGUCAUCCGCAUGCUUUCAAUAGGAGAAAAUUGUCUACCAGAGGAGGGGAUGCAGAAAAUUCCAAACUAUUUGAAGUCUCUGCUGCCUGCAGACUCUGUUCGACUCAACACUCAGGUGAAGUCAAUCAAGGAAGACGGCAAGGGUGUUACCCUCAGCUCGGGAGAGUUUGUUGCUGCGUCGUGUGUUGUUGUUGCAACGUGCGGAAAGAUGGCAAGUCAGCUUGUUCCUGACGUCGUGUCGGAGAUGCAGGAGCCCAAGAAAACAACUUGUCUCUACUUCGCGAUUGACGGCAAACCGCCUGCUGACGUUCCGACAGUCUUCCUCAACGGCGAUGGCGUCAAGGACGCCCAAGGCACCUCCACUAUCAACAACGUCUGCUUCCCGAGCAUGGUCGCUUCUUCGUAUGCGCCAGAGGGAAAGUCUCUUGCAUGCGUUUCUCUCGUCGGCAUUCCCGAUCAGCAAGAAGAUCAACUUGUAGCAGACGUCAAGAAGCAGCUCGUCAGCUGGUUCGGUCCUUCUGCCAACGAGUGGAAGCCGUUGCGAACGUAUCGUAUUCCCUUCAGUCAGCCGUCACAGGAACCUCCGUUCGAACGCGAGCAGAGCGUCAGGAGGAAGGAGCAUCUUUUCCUCGCCGGGGAUCACGUUGAAACCGCUUCCAUCAACGGCGCGUUGAGAGCAGGAGCGAGAUGUGCCAGGGCCGUGAGCGACUUCCUCCUGCCUUCCCUGGUCCAGCUCAACAAGGAGGAAGUAAGGAAGUAUGCUAGGGAGAAGGGCAUCAAUCUCUCAGACUGA